UCUCCCCAGCCUUUCUAGACUGCAACCUCGUCCUCAUCCAUAUCUCCAUUUUUUUCACUUUAAGCUUUUUUCAGAAGCUUCAAUGGCCAUCUCCAUCACCAACAUGACUCUUCCCUACACAAGUCAUGGGCGGAAGUCAGAAAAUAUUUUUGCAGUCUCAUUUUCUAGCCAGAAACCUCAGUUUCUACGCGUUGAUGCAGACGAGAUCAGUAGAAAGAUGCGUACCGUGACCAGGGUGUUGUCGAAAACCACCAAUGGGUCAUCAACGGGCAUUGGAUCGUUGUCUUCCAUCAUCAAUGACCUCGAGAAGGAAAAGACGGUCAAAAGAGUGCAUGAGGAGCUAGUAUCGGAGCGGUGGAGGGAAAUCCAUGGCGAGGAUGAUUGGACUGGAAUGCUAGAUCCGAUGGAUCCCCUGUUGAGAUCGGAGCUAAUCCGGUACGGAGAAAUGGCUCAAGCUUGCUACGACGCAUUCGAUUUCGAUCCCUUCUCGAAGUACUGCGGGACCUGUAGAUUUAUGCCCAGAAAAUUCUUCGAUUCCCUCGGAAUGGCCGGCCAUGGCUACGACGUGUCGCGAUACCUCUACGCCACAUCGAAUAUCAAUCUCCCCAAUUUCUUCAAGAAGUCCGGGCCUAAAGUCUGGAGCAAAAACGCGAACUGGAUCGGAUACGUCGCGGUGUCGAACGACGAAAAAUCAAGAGUUCUAGGGCGCCGGGACAUAACCAUCGCCUGGCGCGGCACGGUGACCAGACUGGAGUGGAUCGCGGACCUGAUGGACUUUCUGAAGCCAGUAUCGUCGGAGAACAUUCCCUGCCCUGACCGGACGGUUAAGGUGGAGUCGGGAUUCCUCGACCUGUAUACGGACAAGGACGAGAGCUGCAGGUUCUGCACGUUCUCAGCUCGGGAGCAGAUUCUGACGGAGGUAAAACGUUUGAUAGAGAUGUACCCUGACGAAGAACUGAGCAUAACCUUCACCGGCCACAGCCUGGGCGGCGCAUUAGCGGUGUUGAGCGCGUACGACGUGGCGGAGACGGGGCUGAACGUGCUCAACAACGGGCGGGUGCUGCCGGUGUCGGUGCUCUCGUUCUCCGGGCCUAGUGGGAAUGUUCGGUUCAAGGAGCGGCUGGAGGGGCUAGGGGUGAAGGUGCUGAGGGUGGUGAACGUGCACGACGUCGUGCCCAAGUCGCCGGGGCUGUUUUUCAAUGAGCAAGUGCCGGCGAUGGUGAUGAAACUGGCGGAGGGGUUGCCAUGGAGCUACUCGCAUGUUGGGGUGGAGCUGGCGCUGGACCACAAAAACUCGCCCUUCUUGAAGCAGAACGCCGAUCCCAUUUCCGCCCAUAACUUGGAGGCUCACCUGCAUUUGCUGGAUGGAUACCACGGGAAAGGCCAGAGAUUUGUGCUGGCAAGUGGGAGAGACCCAGCGCUGGUGAACAAGGCAUCUGAUUUCUUGAAGGAUCACUACCUGGUUCCCCCGUACUGGAGGCAGGACGAGAACAAAGGCAUGGUCAGAAGCAGCGAUGGGCGGUGGGUGCAGCCGGAGCGGCCCAAGCACGAGUUACACGACCAUAACCAUGCAGAUAUGCACCACCACCUCGGCCAGCUAGGCCUUUCUUCUGGCCAAUAGAGAUGGUUUGACUCGUGGCUAUAGCCUACUUCCAGUUUUGGGUCCUCUCCAUUUGUACAAAACAACAAGUAUAUAUGUAGUUUGUUUAUUUACAUCUGUCCUUUUUGAUAA